UUUCUGCGUGCAUUCAGUUUUGAAAGUGUUUUGAAAGUUUGUCAAUUUUAUUUGAUUUGUUUAAUAAAGGAUUAUUUUAGUUUGGGUUAAACAUUUCCCUAAUAGCAUAAUGGAGGAAUUAAAAUACUCAAAGUCAAAUUUCUCCUCAAAUGGAAGCAUACAACACGAAGAUGCAUAUGCAAGAAUUAAAAAACUAAUCGGCUUUAUUGAAAGUUUUAUAGAAACUAGAGCAGAAGACAAAAUAAUUUUAAUUAAUCAGUAUUUACAGGCUUUAAGUUUAACUCUGAAUCUGAGCAUAUUUGACCCUCAUACAAAUAUAGCUGAAAAAUUGUUUACAAGUCUGUACAAUCUGAUGAAUAUUUUGGAGCCAAGGUCUCUGACAAGUUGGUAUUGUGUUGAUUUGCUUAUAAAUGCUUGUAAAAAUCACACAGCAAGAACCGCUCUAAUAAAAACGUACCAGUUUUUACCAUGCCUAGCCAGAUUGAUGGGAGAUCAGAUAUCACCUGAAAAAAAGACAAGGCUGCUUCGAUUAAUGCAGGACAUUACAUGCGGUAUAAAGAUUCACUGGCAAAUACCUCAUAUCACACAUUUGGUAUCAUUAUUAUGUAAAUGGGUAGAAAAAGGUGAACAGGAUGUUGCUACACUAUCUUUGGGACUUUUGGUUAAUUUAUGUUAUAAAAAUGUAUCCACUAUUUGUAUACUUCAAAGAAAUAUUGAUCUCAAGAAAUUUAUAAGAAUGUGCUUAACGUUAAAGGGGCCUUUUGUUGAAGUUUAUGUUUGUCAGAUGAUGAUCAUUUUAGAAAAUAUUUCAGGAUACAUUCCAGAAUCAAUGUUUCCAAAGCUUAUAGACUGCACUUUUGUUGCUGUAACAGAAGCAUAUAUGAAAAAUGACUACAUAUUACUUAGACAUUGUGUAGAUUUUUUUGUGGAAUGUGUCAAGAAUAAUCACAGAGAUUCUUUAAAUGUUUAUAAAAAAUUUCAUGAAAAUAUUGAAAAGGUUUUAGAUAUUAUAAACGAUAUAGAUAAUACAGUUAAGGACACCGAAUGCACUUAUGUUGUUUUGGAAUUUAUUAACUUCCUUGUUGAAAUGAAAGUACCUCAAAUUUCAUCGCUUUAUAUAAAAUUGAUACCGAUAGCUCUUAAAUGGAUUCAAGAAAGUUCAGUAUCCUAUCAAGCACUAACAAUUUUAAAGACAAUCGCUGUUAACACAGAUAAAAAAGAUAAUGAUAUAUUAAAUUCACUUUGUAUUGGCUUACCUACGUUUUUGCUAUUGUUAAAUUCAUGUAAAGACGAUACAAUGAAAAUAGAUUCGGAAUAUACCAAGAGAAUGGGCGCUCUGUUACAGUUAAUAUCGUCUAUGAUUCAUGUGAAAGAGAUAUCCAAAAAACUUACUGAUGAUUUACAUGAAGAUACUUUCAGGAAAAUAUUUACGCCACUUUUAGGAGAUGAUUCUCCACGCCACGGUGAAAUCACUUCUACAACCGAAUCAGUAAACUUGUAUGUGCAUGCUUUAACAUGUUUAACAAGGCUUAUGGAUUGUGAUGGGACCUGGGUUAGUUUUGUGAAUGACCUAUUGUCUAAUAAACAAAUCCACGUUAUAUUGGCGAAGGCAAUUUGCGAAGGUCCAUCAGAUGUUAAGAAAUUAGCCCUUGACUUAACCAAUAGGUCCUGUGCUGACGGUGUAUCAAUGGCUAUUAGUGAUAUUCAAUCUUCUGUGUUAAAUCAUGACGACGGGUAUAGUAACAGCCAUAACUCAUCACCAUACGAGUCGGCGUUCAGUCUCGUUUCUGUCAGUGAAAUUGGGAGAUUAAAUAAUGUUUUGGAAAAAGUUGAGAACUUAACCAAAGGAAAUGAUGUAAAUAAUUUAGUAACAUCGAAUUUGAUGGAGUUAUAUAACUACAAAAUUUCGUAUUUGGCUCAAGCAGAGAGAGCAGCCCUGGCUAGUGUGGAAGCUACUACGCGGCACUGUUCGCAUCUACAACAUAGGAUAUCAAGGUUAACGAUUGAACAAAAUCAACUGCAGCAGUCUCUAUACCAUACUAUGCAGAAAUUGGAAGAAUCUAUUAAUAAACAAAAUCAGUUGAGGAAGGAUCGUAAUGACCUAACUAACAGUUUAGACUCUGAAAAGAACAAAACAAAAGAUUAUCAUUCUGCAUUAGCCCUGAAAGAGAAAGAAAUAAAAGAUCUUGAAACAUCUCUAAGUGAAGUCAGAAACAAAUUAGCGGAAACAACGAAAGCGAAAAACAGUGCAGAAGAACAGCAUAUGCAACUCCAACAAGUACUGUCAAAAGUACAAGAAAACUACAGCAGACUUGAAAAAAACUUGAAGAAAAAAGAGGACUUACUUCAAGACGCUUUGGGGACAAUAGCAAAUUAUUCUAAUGAAAUAGCCGACUUGGAAAAUUCACUAAAAGAGACACAAAAACAAUUGGAUGAGACUAGGACCACGUUGCAAAUGAAAUCAGCUAUCUUGGAAAGUAUCACAAAAAUGGCGAAUAGCUCUCAAGUUUCAUGAUUGUGCUCGCCCAGAAUGCUAGAUUAUAGAGGAAGUGUACCAUAUGUGUAAUACGAAAAUAAAAGUCAAGUUUAUUUA